ACUUACGUAAAUUAAAACUAAAAUUUAUAUAAAAUGUAAAAAUAAAAUUAUUGAUUCCUGCACUCAUUACAAAUAAUCAAUCAGUGAUUAAUGGUGUGUCAAUUAGCUAUAAUUAAUUUUCGGUUUAUUUACGCCAAUUAAAAUUCCUUUCUCUCAUUGUCUCGACUUAAAAUUAAUGUUCGCCAGUCUCAAGAAAUGCGGCGCGCUCUUGAAUGUUUUACGGUGUCAAUUAAAAAGCGUAAUAAACUGCGGUGUGAGCAUGAUAAAAAAGGCGCCUAAUUAAAUCGAACCUCCGCCGUACCAAAAAAUUGUUUUUAUUUGCGAUCAGCGUCGUAUAAAAAGUAAUAAAAGCUGAAAAAUAACCGUGGAUAAUGUGAAUAUCUUUGUGGGUGGCAGGACGAAGAAAAACCAAUAUAAAAUAUCUUGUGUUGUUUAUUGCUGUGAACGAGGCUCGAGGGAUAAAGCAUGGAGGGUGAUAAUUUUACGUGGACGUCGGAUUUGAAUGUGACGGAACUGUACGAUUUGUACCAGACCAUGAUGGAAGCAAACGUGACGGAAUUUACGAAGAAAACUAAUUUACCGCUCUGGUACGAGACGGGCAGGGUGCAGAUACCAUUGUAUGCGAUUAUAUUUUUAUUGGCUGUUAUUGGAAAUACUUUGGUUAUCGUUACAUUGGUGCAGAACCAGCGAAUGAGGACGAUAACAAACUUGUUCCUACUGAAUUUGGCCGUCUCCGACCUGCUGCUAGGUGUGCUCUGCAUGCCGUUCACGCUCAUCGGCGCCCCGUUGCUGCGCGAGGACUUUGUUCCUCGGUGUAGUUAUGCAAACUCUGCCUUUUAA